UUAUAAGAGUGCAGCGUGAGGAAACCCCUUCUCUUCUCGUUCUUGCUCCGAUCCUGAUUCUCGCCUUUUCCCCUUUCUCUGCGAACGAUCGGCCUUCGCUCCUCUCUCUCCUGUCGUGCUCUGUAGAAAAUGGAAUCUUCUCUGGCAAACCGCCUCCCCGAAGCUGAUUCCUUGCCCGACGGCUUCGUUGAGGUUUCCGCUGACCUCUCUCCCUCUCCGCUGCCGCCGCCUUCCGACUACAAAGAGGCCUUCGUCGAUCUCCAGCCAUCGGUCGAACAGCUCGUGGACCCGUAUCCCCCGCCCUCCGGAUCAGGGGCGGAAACCCUUCCUCCGGAUCCUCUGGGGAAUGGUUCAGAGAGGUACGUCACAUCUGCGGACCUUUUGACGAAAGGAGAUUGUCCCGAUUCAUCUGGGCGUGGUGAAAUUUUGGAGUCGAAACCCGGUGAUGAGGCAUCCGAGUCAAGUAUACCGAAGGAUGAGGUUUUGUUAGGUACUGCAACUGAGGGAAACAGCCAAAGAGACAGCAAGAGUUCGGAAACAGAAACAAAGGGCAUGAUGGAAUUGCAUCCAACAAAUCUAAAGGAAAGCAGUGAAACAAAACGUAAAAUUGUAAAGCGGAACGCAAAGUCAGAUAAAGAGCUGCUUGAAUUUACUUUGAAGUACCAAAAAGUGGUAGCAGAGAGAGAUGCAGAAACAAUGGAAAACGAGGAGCAAACUCCAUUGGUACUUUUAAAGUGUUGGCAAAGUAGCUUAGGUAUCACCUUAGUCAAGUCGAAGAUCCUCAUAAAUCUUCCUGUAGCAAUAUUACUUAGAUUUAUUCCAAAUGCGGAUUAUUUUCCAUAUCACUACCUUUGCAAGUCUGUUAUGGUUUGAAACCUAGCUGCCCAACACAAAGCAUAACCUACAGGUGUGAAGGCUAAGCUUCUUUCAUAUUGUAUGCUAGAUCUAGUUGUUUUUCCACUUUAUUGACGCAAUAGAAGAAAAUUUACUAUAUGAUGUUCCUGCCUGUGUAACAAAUGCCUGGGUAAACAAAUCAGUGAUAACACGAGAUUGAUCAUCCAGCUAAAAUUUGGCACUGUCAUUUUCUCACGGGGAAAAUCUUCAGCAUGAUUUUAUUGCUACUGCAAAGCUAGAUUGAUUGAAAUGUUAGUCAAUGUUCAAUAUUGACUUUUGUCAUC